CUUUAGGACAUAAGAAGAUUCUGUGGUGUAGGGAUAGCAUCGAGUUCUGGAGCAGAAAAGUUACUGCUCAACUGGAUCUCGGUUGACAUUUGUGUGCUGUUUGGCUCAGGGAUUGACUUGCUACCGGGGAACAAUCUCGUUGACUUGGAAUAUGCAGACGAUAUAGUCCUUCUAGGCGAAGACGCUGACGAAAUGCAGAGUCUUCUAAACACCUUGAGCCGCAAUCUACGAAUGUUUGGCAUGCGAUUCGCUCCCGCCAAAUGCAAGAUGAUGUUACAGGACUGGACUACAUCGACGCCUAGUUUAAAAAUAGGAAGUGAAGUGGUAGAGCACGUUGACCGCUUCACUUAUUUGGGAAGUACCAUCAGCCCCAAUGGGCUGAUCUCUGACGAAAUCUCAGCACGAAUACAGGGGGCUCGUUUCGCAUUUGUUAGUUUACGCCGACUCUGGCGUAGACGAGAUGUUCGACUAUCGACCAAAGGGCGGGUGUACUGCUCAUCAGUCCGCUCCGUCCUCCUUUAUGGCCAGCUGUGAGACCUGGUCACUGAGAGUGGAAGACAUGAAAAGACUAGCUGUCUUUGAUCAUAGGUGCCUGCGUUCUAUUUCCCGUGUAAAGUGGCAUAAUAAGGUGAGCAACAUGGAGGUUAGGCGUAGAGUUCUAGGUAAACAGGGGAAAUCAAUCGACGAAGUCGUGAAGCUACAAAGACUGAGAUGGUUAGGACAUGUGUUACGUAUGCCAAGCCAUCGCCUCCCUCGAUGAGCAAUGUUAGCGGAUAUAGGGUCAGGCUGGAAAAGAGCUAGCGGCGGUCAAACAAAAACUUG